AGUGAUUUCGGCUCCAAAAUUUGACGCACCUUUUACUCUUUUGACAGUAGGAAAAAUGUUCCCCUAUGUAUUAAACGACAAGGAAACGGCCGCUAAAAAAUCACAAGAAGAGACCAAUUCCCCAAAACAAAAGUCCUCAAAAUACCUCAAUGUACCGUCACAAAACUCGCCUAGUCCGCCUGAGUCACCUAAAAAAUCACGACGAGAGUCCAUAUUUGAAUUCAAGUCAGAAGCGGCGAAAAAAGUUGAACUCAUUGCGAAAAGCAGGGAUGAAAGGAGGCAGAAACAGGCAGAGGAGAAGUCCAUCAGGGAUCAUAUGGGGAUCACGGAACAGAAUAAUCCCUAUUACGAGUUCGCGAGAAUGAUAAAUGAGUUCAAAAGUACUCUCGAGUUUCAUCCGUUAAAAGACUCCGAUCAAGUCGUGGAAAACCAAAUUACAGUUUGUGUAAGAAAACGUCCUUUGAACACUCGAGAAAAAAACAGGAACGAAGUUGAUGUCAUUACUGUCCCUACCAAAAACCAGAUGAUUGUCCACGAACCCAAACACAAAGUCGAUUUGACCAAAUAUUUAGAUAAUCAACAUUUUCGUUUCGAUUACGUCUUUGACGAAACUUGCACAAAUGAGACAGUUUACAAAUUCACAGCCCAACCUUUAGUUAAGACAAUUUUCGAGGGCGGAAUGGCCACUUGUUUUGCCUAUGGUCAAACCGGAGCUGGCAAAACCCACACCAUGGGAGGCGAGUUCAAAGGCAAACAACAAAACUUCAAAAAUGGAAUUUAUGCCUUGGUAGCAACUGAUGUUUUCAAAUUCUUGACUCAACCGCCUUAUAAAGACAAAAACUUGGUCGUAUAUGCAAGUUUUUUUGAAAUUUACGGUAAAGUGGCUUAUGAUCUUUUGGCAAAAAAGCAACGCUUGAGAGUCCUUGAAGAUGGCAAACAGGUGGUCCAAGUGGUGGGUUUAACUGAACGCAUGGUUGGUAAAGUCGACGAUAUUAUGGACUUGAUCAAGAAAGGGAGUUUGGAGAGGACUUCAGGCCAAACCUCCGCUAAUUCUAACUCGUCAAGGUCACAUGCAGUGUUUCAAAUUAUUUUAAGGAGGGCUGGAGGGAAGCAACUUGAAGGAAAAUUUUCUUUGAUUGAUUUGGCAGGAAAUGAACGAGGGGCCGAUAAUUCAAAAUCAAACAAACAAACAAGGCUUGAAGGGGCUGAUAUUAACAAGUCGCUUCUUGCACUUAAAGAGUGUAUAAGAGCUUUGGGCAAAAAAGGAAAACAUUGUCCUUUCAGAGAGAGCAUCUUGACCAAAAUCCUCCGAGAUUCCUUCAUCGGGGAAAAGUCAAGGACUUGUAUGAUUGCGCUGAUUUCGUCUUCGGUGGGGUCUGUCGAUCACACGUUGAACACGUUAAGGUACGCUGAUCGAGUCAAAGAAUUAGUCGCUAAUGAUUUCUGUGAGGUGAACUCCGGAGAGUCGGAAGAGAGUCAGAAUGAGAACGAUCUUUUAUCUUUAGAAUAUGAUCUACUGGAAAAUAGCAAAAACGUGAUUGAUAGUUGUGUCUAUUUUCACCAAAAAGCGUGUCAGCUUUAUGACAAUAGCAAGAAAGUCGGCUACAGUAAGUAUGAGUUUGCCAAAAAUUGGAAGAAUUUGUUAAGAGAGAUGAUCGAUGUUCAGAAAGUUGCUUAUAUUAAAGCGUCGGAAUUUUGCGACAUGCUUGAAGAUGAGGAUUAAUUUUUAUAGUGGCAAUAAAUUUUAAUAAAUCAUUGAUUAAAACAACAA